AUGAGCUGUUACUCCAAUCGCGCAAAAUAUUCGCUAGCUGGUCGAGGAGGUCCUAAUGGACGUGUCCAUGGCGCGUUUCCUCCUGGAAUUUACACCCAGAGCUCGCACAAGUCAAAUCAGACCAUGCUGGAACGCGUUAAACCCUCGCAUCUAGCUCCUCGCUGGAUUUCAUGGGACUUUCUGGCGGUGACGGUGUCAAACCUUCCUCCCAAUGUGAAUACGUAUACCCUCUGGAAGUCGUUUAGUGCUUGUGGGACAGUGGACUACAUCGAAUUAUCUGAGGAUGUUAGGGGCAAGAGUGAGGGAAGGGCACGGAUUCGAUUCAGACCGCCACCAAAAGAAUCCUUCUGGUUAGACGGACAGCACCUGUUAGAGCUCGAAGAUGGCCAGCGUAUCGUCAUCUCAGCCCGUGUGGAUACGUUCAAACGCAGAAAGGAGAUCCCUAGCCCGGUGGACCCAAAGAUUAUGUAUCCUCUAUCGCUUGAGGCUGUGGGUAGAUCACUGGAUAUCGGCUGUCUUUCCGGAGAGCAAUCCAUGAUUAUCAUGAGAACUAUUACCGCCAGCUUCCAAGACUAUAUUCGUUUUGUUGCUGACUUGCAGCGCCGGGAGAUCAAUAUCUUCUUCCAAAUGGUAAAGACAGAAGCACGCCCGCCUACUAGCUUACCGCAUACAGUCCAUAGCUACCGCAUCCGUGUUCCCUUUGUUCACCUCUCGAGUAUUAAACGUAUAUCUGAGGGUGAAGAACUGUCCUUUAUCUUCUCAUUGGACUCCCCGCCCUCAUAUCACCGGAAAUUGCAAGACCUGUCAACUACUUUUUCAGACUCUGACAAUACUUGGCGCUCAGAUGACACAUGGUACCGCCAAACUGAUAUCGUCCACAACCCCCUGGACCUGGUUCAUUCCAAGACGAGCCUUAAAAAAGCCCAUCCAGUGAUCAACAUAGGACGUUGGACAACUUUUAGGAUAACUUUCCAUUUACCUGAUGCAGACAAUGUCCAAAACCUAGAAACGCUUAGCAAGAUCUUGAAGGACUUCAAUGUCGAUAUCCAGGAUAUUGAUAGCUUCGAAUUGAAGAAACAACCUCCCACAGCAGACCUUGCGUGGAGGUGGAUUGACCCUCCUUCUACUCAUGCCUCCAAACACACAUCAUCCCUCGAGGAUCUUGCAGAGAAUGAGUACACACAUAUUUCAUACGUUGUACGAUAUCAACUUGAAGUCUGCAUUUCUCAUGGGCUGCUAAGCGAAUACGCCAUUGACAAGGAAUUCGCCAAGAAACUUGAGUCCCUUGGAGAGCGUGAUGCUAAGGAUUUGCUAGAAUACGUUGCCCAUGAAAAGGUCGUAUACCAUGACCCCAUGAAGAUAUUCGAUAUUCAAUUCUUCUCUGGUGUGACCAAUAGGAGAAUUCCAAAGUAUUGCUGCUACAUGCGCUCGGCAACUGUUACACCCUCCACGAUCUACUUCCAUACCCCUACAGUUGAUACCUCCAACCGAGUGAUAAGACAUUACAUUGAAUACGCAGACAGGUUCCUCCGUGUCCGAUUCACUGAUGAAAAGUAUGAAGGGAGGAUCAAUUCAACCUACAACAACUGUAUGGAUGAGGUUUUUACUCGCGUGAAGCGGACUAUGACCAAUGGAGUUAUUGUGGGGGAUAGACACUAUGAAUUCCUCGCAUUUGGCAACUCUCAAUUCCGGGAACAUGGCGCAUAUUUUUUCGCCUCUCUACCUAAUCUUACUGCAUCCAAUAUCCGUGCAUGGAUGGGACAUUUCAGUGACAUUAAAAUUGUCGCAAAGCAUGCCGCCCGAUUAGGUCAAUGUUUUUCAAGCACCAAAGCUGUUACUGGCUGUCCAGUAACCAUCAGAGAAAUUGAUGAGAUUGAGCGCAAUGGAUACACAUUCUCUGAUGGCGUUGGCCGCAUCUCUAAGUUCCUCGCGCAAAUGAUUAUGACCGAAUUUAAACUAAAAACUCCUUCGGAGGAACCUCCGUCUGUCUUCCAGUUCCGACUUGGUGGCUGUAAAGGAAUCCUGACUGUUUCACCUGAGGCACAGCGUCGAGAAGUGCACAUUAAAAAGAGUCAAUACAAAUUUGCAGCAGUUCACAAUGGCCUUGAGAUCAUCAGAUGGUCUCAGUUCGCCGCGGCAUAUCUUAACCGCCAGCUCAUCGUGGUUUUGUCAGCUUUAGGAGUGACUGAUGAGAUUUUUAUCAAGAAGCUGCGCUUGAUGCUCGAGGAUAUGGAACAAGCAAUGACAAGUGAAACAAAGGCAAUGUCUUUGCUUCAAAAACAGGUUGACCCUAACCAAAUGACGCUCCUACUCGCGCAAAUGGUUCACGAUGGAUUCCAAGGUACCUCCGAUCCAUUUGUUACAUCGCUGCUAGAGUUAUGGCGUGCAUGGCAAAUCAAGUAUCUGAAGGAGAAGGCAAAGAUUUGUAUAGAUGGAGGAGCAUGCUUAUUUGGCUGUCUGGACGAGACUGCGACACUGAAAGGCUACCAUGAGAAGACACGGCCUUCCAUCGAUGCCACUUACGAGGAAAGACUUGGCUAUCUUCCCGAGAUUUUUGUUCAGGUGUUCGACGCUGAAGCGGAGAGAAAUUAUAAGAUAAUCGAAGGGCCAUGUAUUCUAGCGAGGAACCCCUCCUUGCAUCCUGGAGACAUUCGUGUGGUGAGAGCCGUUAAUGUUCCGGCACUACAUCACCUAAAGGACGUCAUUGUUUUCUCCCAAACUGGGGAUCGAGAUGUUCCAAGUACAUGCUCUGGAGGUGACCUAGACGGCGAUGACUACAUUGUCAUCUGGGAUCAAGAUCUAGUCCCUCUUCCCAAGGAUUGGUUCCGACAGCCAAUGGAUUAUACCGCAUCGAACGCUCAAAGCCUCACUCGUGAUGUUACUGUAAAUGACAUCACGUCAUUUUUUGUUACUUAUAUGAAAAAUGAUCGCCUUCCACAGAUAGCGCAUGCACACCUUGCCUUUGCGGAUUUUCUAGAAGAUGGAGUGAAUGAUAAGAGAUGCGUUCAACUAGCCCAGUUACACUCCGCAGCCGUUGACUAUAAUAAAAGUGGCAUCCCAGCUAACAUGACAAGAGACUUGGUUCCAAGAAAAUGGCCUCACUUUAUGGAGAAAAAAUACAAACCAAAAGAAGCGCAAUAUCAUUCGAAGAAGAUCCUCGGUCAGAUUUAUGAUAUUGUUGAGCGCGUUGAGUUUCGGCCAAAGCUUGAAGCCCCUUUCGAUGAACGCAUCCUUAACUGUGAUAUUUCUGUCAGCGAAGAAAUGGUACUGGCCGCAAAGAAGCUGAAGGCUCUUUAUGACGCUGACAUGCGAAGAAUCAUGGCUCAGCAUGAAAUUAAAACUGAGUUUGAGGUCUGGUCAACCUUUGUCUUAGGUCACGCAAACAUGAGCAAGGACUAUAAAUUCCACGAAGAACUUGGCCAGAUAUCAUCUGCAUUGCGUGAACGAUUCUUGCUGAUGUGCCACGACGAAGCUGGUGGGAAGGAUUUCCAGCAUCUUGCGCCCCUGGCUGUCGCAAUGUAUAGAGUGACAGCGCAGGAAGUCGCGGAGGCUUUAGGUAAAGAAGAAUCCUCCCCUGGACAUGAUGUUGGCGAUGCCAUCAAGAAGGCAUAUAAACACCUCAGCAAUGAUCAAUUACCUCUCAUCAGUUUCCCCUGGGUCCUCCAACCGGUUCUGGGAAAAAUUGCCAAUCGGCACUUUGAUGAUGCUGGAAUCGUGGAAGGCGGAGGGAAACUUAUAACAUGGUCUUCAGCUGCAUACGAACAAUCGAGAGUCCGACGAAUUAAUGGUAUCAAAGGUGCUAACAAUACCCCUCGUGACGUCGAGACAGCUGGAGGUAUUCAACAUGCAGGAGAAGUGCUUGAGCUCUUCCAGGAAGAUUUGGGCUUUGAUCCCUUCGAUGGACUCGGGGAUGCCUUUGACCAGAUGGUUUCGGUUGACGGUGAUACGCGCUCCAAGGCCAAGGGUGCUAUUCCUUUAUUGGACACAGAGCUGCAAUCUGACAGCUUGAUCGAGAUUGACGAUGAAAUAUUCACCCCUUUUACUCCAUGCACCAUCGACUCAAGCGGACAUGGAUCAGUUCCAAUGGAAGAGCAAUCGAGCCUUCUCGACAUCAGCAACGAAAAUAUUCAAAUCGGAACGCCCAAAACAGACAACCCACAGCCAAAGCUCUCCGCAGCGCAUCCAAAGCUAGAGGAGGACCAAGAAAAUCGACCUCCUCCACAGAAGGAUGACCCGACACCCUCAUUCCUCGAUGGUUCACCAGUACCAGAGGAGAUGAUUGAAGACGAAGAAGUAGAGAUGAUGGAAGAGGAUGGCGAUGUGGAUCCAUCAGCCGUCAACCAGCUGGAGAUGCUCCUUAAUAUCUAA